AUGUCGAAGCUCCUAAGCAGAUUCUCAUAUUCACUCUUCAAGCAGAGCCCUUAUCGGGCCUUCGGGGUUUCCUCGUACUCCACCCGAACCCAGCCCGACUCGCCGGACACUCUGUAUCAUCGUCUCCAGAUAUGCCGGGAACAAAGGGGCCCGCUUACUCCGAUUCUCGACAAAUGGGUCGUCGAGGGCCGCCCCGUGGAUUACGGCGAGCUCAAGAGAUUCAUCAAAACUUGCAGAAAAACCCGCCGCUUCAAGCCCGCCCUCGAGCUCUCCGAAUGGUUGAUUGAGAUGAAAUACUCAGAUUCCAGGCCGGGCCUCGCCGGGCUCCACCUAGACCUCAUCUCCAAGGUCCACGGUCCGGCGCGAGCCCAACAAUAUUUCGACACACUCGACCCGACCCAACUCGUUCCCUCAGUCCACGGCGCCCUCCUUAACUCCUACGCCGAUGCCAAUGACAUCAGCAAAGCCGAGGCCAUCUUUAACCAAAUCCGAACCCUCCACGCUCCUUCAAACCUCGAUUACAACACGAUGCUGAGCCUCUACUCCCGAACUGGAAACCACAGAAGGCUCGACUCAUUAGCUCAUGAAAUGGAGGAGAAAGGCAUCGAGCUUGACGAGUUCACUUACAACAUUCGUCUAAACUCUCACGCCACAAAUUCCGAUUUGCGAAAGAUGGAAAGGCUGCUGAUGAAAAUGGAGCUCGACCCACACGUGACUGUGAACUGCCACGCGUACAUAACGGCCGCGAAAGGGUACAUCAAGGCCCGCCUCAUGGAGAAGGCCAUGAAAGCGCUCGGCAAAGCCGAGCACUCGGUUAGAAGUAAGGAGAGGCAAACGGCUUACAGUGUGUUGAUAACUGUUUAUGCAGCGAUUGGGGAGAGAGAGCACGUUUAUCGAGUGUGGACCCGGUUGAAGAGGGACGGGCGGAGAACGUAUUACAGAGGGUAUGGGUGCAUGAUAGCCUCGCUCGAGAAGCUCGGCGAUUUUGAGGGCUUGGGGAAAAUUUUCGAGCAGUGGGCCGUGGAGGAGAAGAAGGAUGAUGAUGGAGAAAGGUCGUACCUUGAUAUGCGGGUCCCGAAUGCAGUUAUAUGGGCAUACUGCAGGAAAGGUAUGGUGAAGGAAGCUGAGGCUGUGUUGGGCCGGGCCGUGGGUGAAGGUGGGUGCCCGAGUGCGAGCACGUGGAGCCACAUGGCGCUCGGGUAUUUGAGGAGUGGGGAGAUGGAGAGGGCGGUUGAGAUGACUAAACAGGCGGCCCGAUCGAGUUUUGCAGAGUGGAGGCCCGAUUUCAAGACGGUUGGGGCUUGCGUGGAGUAUUUGAAGGAGAAGGGGGAUUCGAAUGGGGUUCGGGAGAUUUUGAUGCUUUUUGAGAGGUGUGGAAAGUUUUCGGAAGGUUUGAAGGAGAGGGCUGAUCAGGGAGAUGAGGAGAUGGAGGCUGAUGAGGCACUUGAAGCUGGAGCAAGCUGA